CUUCUUCACCUUUCAGAUACAUCCAAGUGUGUGUAGUGUGUGCUUUUAAUUUCUUGUUUUCACGCCGCCAUUGAAGAAGAUGGAGGUUUCUUCUUCAAGUAAGAAAGAAAUGGAGCAACCCCAUGUUGUAGUGAUUGAUGACUGUAGAGCUACUCGUAUGAUUAUCACUCUACUCUUCAAGAAAUUCUCAUGCAAAGUGACGAAUGCGGAAAGCGGAUUCGAGGCUUUGGAGAUUCUGGGCUUAUCAGAUGACAAACAGACCUCUGUAAAUGACAAUAAAAUCCCAAAGGUGGACAUGAUUAGCACAGAUUACAACAUGCCGGGAAUGAACGGAUACGAGCUACUAAAAAAAAUUAAGCAAGAAUCGUCGACAAUGAAGGAUGUGCCUGUCGUGAUCGUGUCUUCUAACAACGAUCCUACUCUAAUUAACAAGUAAUUAACU